AUACUUCUUCCGCUUCCUGUCAUUUUCACACGUGCGGCACAUAAACAAGGCGGAUUAUUUGUAAAUAUUUAACAUGCAGUUGAGUCUGAAAGCUGCUAUGAUGUCAUCCUCGAUAUACAUUCCCAUUGCUCUGAUGGCUGUCUGGGUAUCAUACAGACUAUUCAGGAAGUGUCAUUGCGAUCUUAGGGACAAGGUGGUUCUCAUCACUGGUGCCAGUUCAGGGCUAGGAGAAGCUUGUGCUCAUGCCUUUUACAAGGCAGGGUCCAGGGUCAUACUGUGUGCAAGAAGGGAAGCUGAAUUGAAGAGGGUGAAACAGGACUUGCAAAACCUGAAGCUUGCCAUCGAGACAAAAGAACCAUCGAUACUUACUUUGGACCUUUCUGACUUGGAUUCAAUCCCACAGAGGGCAGACCAUGCAUUGAAAAUACAUGGGCAGAUUGAUAUUUUAGUGAAUAAUGGCGGAAUAAGCUAUCGCGGAGAAGCUAUGGAGACUGAACUAGGUAUCCACAUGUCAGUAAUGACAGUCAACUACUUUGGACAGAUUGCUUUGACACAAGCCUUAUUACCAAGCAUGGUGUCUAGAGACUGUGGUCAUAUUGUUGCCAUUAGCAGUGUUCAAGGAAAAAUAGCCAUUCCUUACAGGUCUGCAUAUGCUGCUUCCAAGCAUGCUGCCCAAGCAUAUUUUGACAGCCUGAGAGCCGAAGUGGCAGACAAGAACAUCAAAGUCUCGGUGAUAAGUCCUGGGUACAUUAAGACUAACCUGUCUCUAAAUGCACUACAGGGAGAUGGGACAAGAUACGGAGUGAUGGACAAGACGACAGAGACAGGGAUGUCGCCGGAGUAUGUUGCAUCCAAGGUUCUCAAAGCAGUACAGGAGCAGAAAAAUGAACUUAUUUUAGCGCCAUUCACUGUGACUGUAGCUGUUUUUUUAAGGACAUUUUGUCCUUCCUUAUACUUCAGUUUAAUGAAGAAGAGGGCAGCACAUCAAAAACAAGACCAGUGUAAACAAAAGUGAUGAUUACUUAUAAAAUAUUAUGCACAUUUGCAAGAGUAGAUGAUUGUGAUAUUUUUGUCCAUAAACUGUCAUCUUAAUUUUUAAUUCUGGUGUGCUCAGAAUAUAUAUGAAUCUGAACACAAUUUUAUUUUAAUAAGUUAAAAUGCCAAUCCUCAAACAUCUUCAAACAGAGAAUAUGCAAUCACUUAUGAAACAAGGCAGCAAAGCUGUCAAAUGUACAGACAAAAAAACAGAAA